AUGUCCGACUACUCGCGAUUGCCCACCCGAGGCAGCUCGUCGCCAGCACCGCCGCCUCCCCCUCCACCAGUUCCCGUGCAACAGAGUCACAAGUAUUCCAACCGCGCGGCCAGUGCUCUAGCAAGAUUCGCCCAGCCCUUUUUCUCGGGGUCGAGACCUCCCAGUCCGCACACGCCCGGGAGUCGUGCAGAUUUGUCUGCUGGUCCCCGUUCAACCAGGUCCAAGUCUUUACCUGGAGAAUCUCAGACCGUCUCUCAUAAGACCGGGAUCCCCAUUGCCGCUUUAGACAUCUCCCCGCAACGGACACAUGCAGUCAUUGGCGGGAAGGAGAUUUUAAAGACGAUCCGCGUCUCGCCCGAUCAUUCGUCUGAGGAGUUCAACCUUCGCAAUGCUAUCAUUAGCUACUCCUCCACUCACCACGUCGGCAGCGGCCUCUCCGCCCGGCAUAAAGACCAGCUGACAGUGAGGGAUGUGAAGUGGUCACAUGGCGGGUAUGACCAGAUCAUCGCCACCGCCGUGGCCAAUGGCCGCAUUGUAGUCUAUGAUUUACUCCGGACUGGCUUGGAAUGUUGCCGGUUUCAGGGACACAGCCGCCAGGUUCACCGGUUGGCCUUCAAUCCGCACCACGCGUCAUGGCUUCUGUCGGGGAGUCAGGAUUCCUCAAUCCGAAUGUGGGACUUGCGGACUGCUUCUGCGGAACGUGGCGUCUUGGUGUGUGGGAGUCUGGACCUGUUCCACGGUAACAGUGAUGCCAUCCGGGAUAUCAGGUGGUCGCCAACCGAAGGGGUUAUGUUCGCGACGGCGACAGACAGCGGUGCCAUACAGCUGUGGGAUUGUCGCAAAUCCAAUGCUCCCUUGAUGCGGAUUACUGCCCAUGACAGACCCUGCUUCUCGGUAGACUGGCACCCUGAUGGCAAGCAUCUCGUGAGUGGUGGCACGGAUAGGCAGGUCAAGGUCUGGGAUUUCUCCUCCUCGGCGGAGCGCAGGCAAAAGCCCGCGUUCCAGUUUCGGACCCCACAGGCUGUCCUCAACGUCCGCUGGCGUCCGCCAUCCUGGGCAAGAGAGCCCGAAGGGGCGGGCGACUGGCAGUCAUCCCAGGUAGUAACCUCUUACGACAAGGAAGACCCGCGAGUGCAUCUCUGGGACCUUCGGCGACCACACAUACCUUUCCGCGAGUUUGACCGUUACGACGCCCAUGCUACCGACUUGCUCUGGCAUUCAAAAGACCUGCUAUGGACAGUAGGCGAAGCCGGUGCGUUCACUCAGACGGAUAUCCGCUACGCCCCCCAGGUUGUCAAUCAACGACCGACAUGCUCGGUGGCCUGGAGUCCCAGUGGGGAGGUCCUGGCGUUUGUCCAGAAGCGUCCCCGGCGUAGCACUUUAGGUCUCAGCGCUACCGAGUUCGUGGGUCCUCAACAGGAGGAGCACAGUAGUGGUGAAGCCUUGAGCCAGAGUCCUGGAGAAGAUAUUCUCGACGAGCCUUCGUUCGCUUCUAUCCGCCAUCGGCAUAGUAAGUCCACCAGUGCUCGGCAGUCUAAAUCUCUAGGCAGUACUCCGCCGGGCGCACAAGAUCUCAUCCCCGUCCUCCCAUUAGAGAAAGUCCUGUCGAAGAUCAAGACUCCCGAUGCUCUCCAGUUCGGGGCGGUUGGAAGCAUCCCAGGGGCCACAAUGGAUCGAGAUACCUCUCAAUAUUUGGCGUCUCAAUAUUCUGCUUUGCUCCCUGAUUCAAACACCAUCCACCCGGAUGCACUGUCUUCAUUGCUCGAAUCGCUGGAUCACAAUGCUCAGUGUUCUGAAGAUGCGUCUUUACUCAAACUUGCACAGACUUGGCGCAUCAUCAAAUUUGCUGUCAUUCAAGAACUCGAAGUUCGUGCAAGAGAGCAACGUCGGUCCCUAGAAAAGGGAUCUCGCUCUAUGAGAAAGAGACCGUCCAAGGAAGGUCCGAUCGCUGAGAAGCAAAGGACAUUGGAGGAUGGGAGGAAUGAUAAGCUGAAAACCCGACUAUUCAAGGGUGUAAUGGAAAAUGAGGCAUCGAAGCAUCCGCUCGCAGAUAGCGAGAGUGCGUCGAAUAUGACAACACCACUUGCACAGCCUUUGCCGGAUUCCCCUCUCGCGUCUUUAGACAGCACCAACUCGCAGGUAACGUCUUUAAACGAUACUACGGAUAUACAACCCCUUCCACCAUCGGUGCUAAGCUCCAAUCAUGGCACCAUGACUUCGAAUGAUUGGUCAUCGAUGUCGGAUAUCGAUCCUCAACCGAUUCACCAAUUCCAGCAUCGCCAGUCCAAUGCAAGCGAGCCUGCUAAUAUUCCUCCUGAGAGCCUAAUGUCUGAUCCAGGGCUCGCCCCGAUGGCUGAGGAGUUAGAAGACGACCAGAGAUCUGCGCCCCGCGCCAUCGCCGGUAGAGCAGAUUGGCAUUUGAAACCUCUUCCUGGUACUUCCAAAGGAACCUCGGAGGUAGAUGAGUUUGAUCAGAAGAUGGAGGAUAAACGAGCGGCAAUCCGCGAUUACAAGAUUUUCCCCAAGAAGGUCCUCUCGCUAGAAACCCCCAUGGAGCCAAUCAAGCCCCCAGGGUUCCAUCGCCACGAGUCAUCGGAGAGUUUCCCGAUGUUCUCUGCAUCCACGGAGAGUUCGCACCCACCGAAAUCAAUGGCCACAUCAUUCUCUUCGGCGGCGAUAUUGCAUCAAGCCCGCGAACGUGAAGGCGAUAGCCAUGAUAGUCCAGAGGCGGGGACUGCAGCGCUCAGUAGCAGCUAUGUGCGGACUCGAGGGGACUCGGUUAUCGGAUCUGCUAUCGUAAAUGAGAAAGGCAUUCAGGACAGCGAAACGCUUAGCGAAGAGCCUCCCGGCGCCGAGAAUGUCCACCUGCAGCGGCCUUCCACUCCUCCUCGCCUUUUCAAGGAAAGCGAGCCCUUGGAUACCCCCUCCCAGGAAAGCGAAUUCCAAACACCUGUACACCCCAGUUCGACCUACACAGGCAUUCCUGGAGUGACGGAGAACCUUCUUGACGUCGGUAUCCCCAUCAGUUCUGAUGUGACUACUAACAAGCCCUGGAGCAUCGAAUGGCUGUUCAAAGAAGCCAUCAGACACUAUCACAGUGGGACUCAGGUGGACAUUCAGUCCGCUGCACAUCUUCUCCAGAAGUUACACAUGCUUUUCCAGGAUUGCGACAAGAUCCUUCCCACCCCGGAGUCCGAAUACAUAUUCAAGGCCUACAACGAACAACUGAUGCGCCAGUCAAUGUAUCUCGAAGCGGCCGAGCUCCGACUCCAGUGCGUACCAUCCUACCCAGCAGUCUACGAAUACGCCCAGGGAGACACCUACAUGAACGUGUUCUGCUUCACAUGCAAGCGGCCGUACGAAAAUCCCAUGACCGACAACCGUCGCUGCCAUCGCUGUGACACUCCCCAAGAACCAUGUGCCAUCUGCAUGAGCCUCGACCCGCCUCCCGAAUGGGUAGCAGAGCAAUCAAACUCAUCACCCUACGCCACCCACGAGCCAGACUCCGAAGUCACCUCCCACAUCCAAUCAUCCCGAUCCUCCCUGAAAACCGAACCCAUCCCCGAGUGCGAAUUACCCCAACACCACCUAGACACAAUCACCUCCGACCCCUCCCAACCUCCCCGACCCAAGGGCUCCACCCUCUGGACCUGGUGCCAAGGCUGCGGCCACGGAGGCCACCUCGCCUGCAUCAGCAUCUGGCUGAACGACAUCUCCGUCAGCGAAGGCGGCUGCGCCACCCCCGGAUGCAUGCACGACUGCGGCCCCGGCCCCCGCCGCGAACACAAUCGCUCCAUCCUGCUCGAGGAGUCUAAGCGCCGCGACUCUGCCGGUCGGAAAGCCGGCGUCGGUUUCGUCAAGCGAGACACCUGGACCAAGGGCGAGAGCCGAGCCGUCGAAAAGGUCCGUGGGAUGUUAGGCGUUGGCGCUUCCGCCGGCAGCGCUUCCACUACCACCACGACCACGACCACGAAUAGUGCCGGUCUUAGCGGUGCUUCCUCGAAUACCAUGUCGCCGAAGAAGGUCCGCCUGGUUACCCCGAGUGAGCAGGGUCAGCCGAGACGGGGUCCGCGUUCGAGUAUUGGGGGUUUGGGGGGACUUAGUGGCUAGAUUCGACUUCGACUUCGGCUUUGGCUUCUUCUUAAAAUUAAUAGCAGCUUUCUAUAGCCUCUCACUCAUUUCAUCUCACUUCCUCUCUCUAUUACCUCCUCCUCCUCCCCCCCCCUGGCUGGCUGGCUGGUUGGGUUGAUUGGUUGGUUGAAUAUUGCGGCGCGAUGCCCUGGUCCUCCUGCUACUGCUCCUGCUACUGCUACUGCUCCUGCUACUGCUCCUGCUACUUGCUAUGUCUUGUGACGCGCGUUGGUCGCCAACUACGUGAUGUGUGCAUGUACAUAGAACAUGUUCUUGGAUUGUGCAUGCAUACAUGGUCCUGAUAUUUGUGAAAGUCUUGUUUCGUAUAUCUUGACUGGGUCUGGGGAUGCACUUUUCUUUUCUUUCUCUGGGG